AUGAGUGAAGAAAAUGAUGAGGUUGAGAUUGGUGAGAUUGGACUGGAAAAUACAAUGAGCCUAGAAGAAACAACACAAGAACCUAAGGUAAAUAUGAUUUUUAACACAGCUGAUGAGGUGCUUGAUUAUUAUAAAAAAUAUGCAAAUCGAGUAGGUUUUCCAAUGAAGAAGAGAUCAUCGAAGAAAGGAGAUUGUGGGGAGUUGAAAUAUGUGACUUUAUCAUGUUCUCGAUCAGGGAUCCCACAAGGUAUUGUAAGCAAUGUCCUAAAGCCAUAUCCAAGCAUAAAAUGCAAUUGCAAGGCUCAACUUAGGGCAGGUAUAUGCUUGGAUGGAAGGUGGAAAGUGAACUCGGUCAAACUUGUUCAUAAUCAUGGAUUGAAUCCAGACGAUGCUCGAUAUUUUCGAAUGAAUCGUGCAAUAAGUUCGUAUAUGAAAAGGAAGAUUGAAGUGAAUGAUAGAGCUGGAAUAAGAGUAAAUAAGAAUUAUAAUUCAAUGGUAGUUGAAGCCGGAGGGCAUGAGAAUAUGUCAUUCAUGGAAAAGGAUUAUGAAAGUGGUCGGUUACGGAAUGUGUUUUGGGCAGAUUCCAGGAGUAGGGCAGCAUAUGAGGAAUUUGGUGAUGCCAUUACAUUUGACACGACCUACUUGACGAAUAAGUAUGACAUGCCAUUUGCUCCAUUUGUAGGUGUCAAUCAUCACGGGCAUUCAAUUUUGCUUGGAUGUGGACUGAUUUCAAGUGAAGAUACUGAGAUAUUUGUUUGGCUUUUUAAAGUGUGGUUGGCAUGCAUGUCUAGGCAUGCUCCAUGUGGGAUAAUUACUUAUCAAGACAGGGCCAUGAAAAAUGCUAUUGAGAUUGUCUUUCCUAACACUAGGCAUCGUUGGUGCUUAUGGCAUAUAAUGAAGAAGCUUCAUGAAAAGCUUAAGAGUUAUAAACACUAUGAAUCUAUUAAAUUUACCUUGGAGAACAUUGUGUAUGAUUCAUUGACCAAUAUUGAGUUUGAAGAUCGUUGGAAAGAGAUGAUUGAGAAGUAUGAGUUACAGAGUAAUGAUUGGUUACGAGGCUUAUAUGAUGAAAGACGUCGUUGGGUGCCAAGCUUUGUGAAAGGAAGUUUUUGGGCGGGCAUGUCUACCACACAACGAAGUGAGAGUAUGAAUGCAUUUUUUGAUGACCACGUAAAUUCUAAGACUACCCUGAAGCAAUUUGUGGAACAAUAUGAAAAUGCAUUGAUGACUAAGGUAGAAAAAGAGAACCAAGCAGAUUAUAAGUCUUCCUCUGCAGAUAUCCAAUGUAGCACCCACUACUUUAUGGAGAAACAAGCUCAAGGUGUGUACACUAUUGCAAAAUUCAAGGAGUUCCAAGAUGAAUUAACAGGUAAAAUGUAUUGUGAGGUAGUUGAUACCAAGGAAGAUGGUGUGUUUUUAAAGUAUCAAAUAUCUGAAGAUAUGAUAAUUGCGGGAAAAAAAAAGAGUGUAAACUUUACAGUCAUAUUCCAUGAAUUUGACAGUGAAGUUAAGUGCAAUUGUUCCAAGUUUGAGUUUAAGGGAAUAUUAUGCAGACAUGCCAUUUAUGUCUUGAUUAAGCAUAAGAUGGAUUUAAUUCCAGAUAAAUACAUCUUGCGAAGAUGGAGGAAAGAUGUGACAAGACGUCACACAAAGAUUAAAAUUAGCUAUAAUGAGUCAAAUGCCACACUUGAAGCACAUUAG